AUGGCGAACAAAGAGACAAACCUUUCGUCGCUUCCAGAUGAGAUGGUUAUAAACUGUUUAGCCCACUUAUCGAGAUCGUACCACCCGAAACUCUCCUUAGUAUCCAAGAGAUUCCGCUCUAUCAUCUUAUCCAGAGAGCUCUUGUUUGCUCGAUCUCACUUGAAAAUACAAGAACACGUCCUUGACGUCUGCUUAAAGUUGCCCGGGCGUCGUCUCCCCUCCUGGUUCAGCCUCUGGAUACGACCUGAUCAGAUCCUAACUAAUGACAUGGAAGAGGACAAGUCCACCACACGAAAUACUUUGUUGGUAUCAAUACCCUCUUCAUAUUCUCCUAAUGUAGCAGAUUUAUCUAUGGGCAUGGUUGGGUCCAAACACUACAUAGUCAAGGAUUACAAUAUUCCACCGACGGCAUCCCCCAUGUUGGUACGUGACCAUAAUGAGGGCACUCACACCUGGAGAAAAUCCCCUAGCAUGAAGGUGGCUAGAGAGAAUCCUAUGGUGGCUAUUCUCGAUGGGAAUAUAUACGUAGUGGGUGGUUGCAAGGCAGAUGAAACCACUAACUGGGCUGAAGUUUUCGAUGCAAAUACUCAAACUUGGGAGUCUUUACCUGACCCUGGCGCUGAGCUCCGCUCGUCUUUACUUAAGUCAACGAAGGUGACCGAUGGAAAGGUUUACGUUAGGAGCAAUGCCAAGAAUGAGUAUUAUUAUUAUGAUCCAAAAGAAGGUAAAUGGGGAGUUGUAACUGAGGCACUGCAGUUUGAGAGAAAGUGUGUAAUAGAGAACGUUUGGUACUAUUGUGGUGAAGAAUAUUUCUCGUGGUUUGACACAAAGCUUCAAAACUGGAGAAUGGUCAAAGGCUUGGAGGUAUUGAAUAGGAAUUGUUGUGCUGGUGCUCUUGCAGUAGCUAACUACUGUGGGAAACUCUUAAUCUUGUGGGACAAGCCUGGCCAGGGUGAAAACAAGAACAUUUGGUGCUCGGUGAUUGCGCUUGAAAGAGAGGGUGGUGGUGAUGAUGUUUGGGGACACGUUGAAUGGGCUAGCGUUGUGCUUCCCGUUCCCAGUUCAUACGUUUUCUUGAGCUGUCGACAGGUAUGGGGUUGA